AUGCAUAAAUUUAAUAUUUUAUAUAUAUAUUCUAGCUCUCAAAUCCGUAUUUUCAUAGUGGAUUUCGAAUUCACUAUGAUCAAUAGCACCGAAAUAUUAUUGGUAUCCGGCGCCAUCUCCAACAGUUUAGAAAAAUAUAAACCGAUGAAACUGGAGGGGAAUCCUCUUGUACUUACACAAGACGAUAAGUUAAGGAGGUUCCGGCGCCGUGACUUGGGAAAAGUUGUGCAAACAAUCAAAAGGGUAUUCCGGAGUAAACCAAACUUGACCACACCAUUGUUGGACCAAUUAUACAAAAGUAUAAACCAUCAGGGGGAGUCGACUUUGUCAACGGUAUACCUACAGAAAUAUUUGCACAUCGAUAGCAGGGAGCCAAUAAUAGUUUUUUGGAACGGAACGACAGAUCUAACAAUUGUAAAAAGAUUAAGGUUAAGGGGUAUAUUAGCGUUUUUAAAUAUAACGGCGUACAGUGAUAGGAAUAAUAAUGAAUUUAAUUUAAAACUAACUAACAUAGAAACAAGAGAAACCUUAUAUUCAGGGUACAUAGGAAAACUUAAUAAAAACGGCAGGAUGUUAAACUUAUUAGAAGCACAUGGAUUGGUGUGCAAUACGAAUCAUCAUAUCACGCAUUGUCACGAUCCAAUUGCGGAUGUAAUUUUAACCAAAUGCGUUUUUGACUAUGUAGUCACGAAAAUAAGGCCGAUAUAUUUGUAUAGACUAGGUAGAAAAUAUAGGAAAAAAUAAAAAUAUAUAUAGAGAUUUUAGGAUAAUUUCACGGUGAAGGUAAUUACGUAGACUUAACACAGUUAUAUUUUUUUUAGAUUUAUCGAAGAAUUAAAAAAAAUAUUAAGCACCGAAGUACAUAUUUAUAAACUUAAGGAAAAUAAGAUGGAAUCGGUAUGCUUUAACUGGCACAUAUUAAAAGCAAACAAAAGAUUAAAUGAACGUUAUGAUUUCAAAAAAUUAAAUAAGAUAACCAGAAAUAUUGAACUCUUUAUGAAUGACCAUUGUAACAGAGAAUGUAAGGAAUUACUUAAAUUAAUAGAGAAAACAAGAGAUCCAAGCUAUAUACUCGAAUAUCCUAAGUAAAUGAAAUUAUGUUGACAUAUAUGUGUAACAGUUUAUUAUAUUAUUCACAUAACUUAUCAAUUGGUGGAAGAUUUAUUAUAACUAACAAAUAUUGUAUUCAAAAGGGGAAAUAUAAACUUAUAUUAUAUAACAUUUUAACACUUCUAAUAUUAUAAUUUCAGGUAAUCAAAAUUUAUAUUAUUAUGUAUUCAAAUUUUAUCUUAUUGUAAAAAAAAAAAGAACCCAAUGUAAUAAAAUAAUAUUGUAAAUUACAUUAUAAAUGUAAAAUGUCAUAAAAUAUGUAUAACAAAUUGUAACCUAUUAUAACAAAAAUUGUAAAUGUAAAACAUAUAUAUCUAUCAAUUAUUGUAACUUGUUAUAACAAGAUUGUAAUGAAAUGUAAAAAUUAUAACAAAUUGUAAAAUCAACUACUGUUGACUAUUGAACUUAAUGGUAUUGUUAAAGAUUCUUAACCUUACAGGCGAAUAAUCUUUUUUUUGGCAGGGAGGUGUAAAGGAAUAGCUUUACGUACUCAAUUCAUGUAUUAGUAUAUAAGUAUUAUUAUACUCGGAGAGGCAGUUCUCCUUGAGUUGUUAUGGUCUCCUAGACGUAACCUCAUAGUUAUAAACUAUAUCCUAUUUUGGCAAACUAAUCAAGGGGAGCGGCCAACAACAAGUCACGAGCGGCGGUUGCGAGAAUAACAACUUAUUGAACCAGCUACAUACACCGCCCCGUCCAUGCGCAGGAUCCAUAAAAGGAACCGACAUCAUAUAUAGGAGGGCUGGGAACACAGUAAAGACAGAUGUACCUGGACCAGCAACGCAGAAGCGACUUCACGCCACUAGCCAUAUACAGGACGACGACUACUACUACUACAAUUACCACGACGAUACUAUACAUUUUAUAUUUGUUCUAAUAAAACAUUGUAUUAUAAAUCUAAUUUGGCUACCAUUAUUUCCAAAUCAUCUACAUAGUGAAACCCUGAAGGGGCAGCACAUAACAGGCGCCAUCAUGGACCGAUACCAGCCGGGUAUCAUCACAAAACUAGAGGGGCGUGCAUUAUUUUUACAAGAAAAUCGAGCCAUAACGGACAAAGAGUGGAAACAUUUAGUGAAACAUUUUCAAUCUAUAUUUAGGGACAGACUUAAUUUACUAUACCCAAUACUUGCACAACUUUACGAUUCUGAUCAUACUCGUUCACCAAACCUUUCGCAGCCCCAAAUCAAGCAGCAGCUAGACAAAUAUGACGCAAUAUAAACC